GGCGAGUGUUGACUAAUAAAGCGAUUGUGGAGGGACGGACGUAUGAGACGCGACAGUCGGAGAUAGAACAACGGAGUUUGAAGGAACGUUGUUUCAUUAAAGAGUGAAACUUUUACGGUGGUGUUUUGUCAUUUUAAUCGUAAAGUCGUAAGUCGUAUGUAACGACGAGUCGCAGAACUGAUUAGAAUUUCGCUACAAUCGAGUCUUGAGUGAGUGCGCGAUGAAAAUUGUAUUUUCUAGCGAGCGACGAGAGUUCGAGAGAGAACAAACGGGCCGAGGUGAUUGCUUAGGGACAUCGUCACGGUGAGACGACGAAAAUGUUGCUCCUCCCGUAAUUAAAGUAGAGACAACAGGGCUUCGGAGGCCAAUAAGAAUAUCAUUAUUCCCGUUUACUUCCUCUCUUUGUGUCUCAGUUUAAUCGGAUCCAGUCAAUUACUGUCUCCGAGCUCUUCAACGUUCAUAUUCCGUCUAUCUUCUAUUCGCUCUUGAUACUUUUUUGUAUACAAAGGCAGCACACGCCAGACUGGCUCGAUGGUUGGCUCUGCGAAUGAUGUCGGCUAUAGUGCCUGGCACGCACAGUAUCAGUGAUAAUCCGCACGUCGUCGAUCAUGCAGCUAGUAGGCUCAAACUUCAGCAAGACUUGUUAUCGACCGCAAAACAGUGUCACAUUAGAUUUGGCGGCAAAGCAGAGCUGGCAACCGACUCAGACGCAUGUGUCACUCAUCUCUGCAAUGCAUUUGAACAGAUUUUCACUCACGGCUUGAAGAUCAGCUGCACCGAUAAACUGAACUCGACUCUUAGGCAGGUUUCGGAGCUGGUGAAGUCCGGGGGCUACCUGCGAAGCCCGGAGUCCGAGGCGUUUUGGCCGUGCAUUCGCGAGCAGUUGACUUGGCACGAGCAGGAGCGCUUCAGCGUGCUGAGGAAGGUGCACACGGAUCAGGGCCGAGGUCGGGCGUGGCUCCGUGCAGCCCUGAACGAGCGCUCUCUUGAACGACAUCUGCACGCGAUCGUUAGUCCAGAGGCUGUUCAACCUUAUUACGAAAAUUGGGCAUUUCUCGUUGAUCAAGAGAAGUCUUCCAUGCUGCCGAACGUCGCUGCCGGUCUCACCACUAUACUUUUCGCCAUUAGAAUAGAUAACGAGGAACUCAAUUACACGUUGGAAGAGAAUAAAAUAGCGCGCUGUAAAAAUUCCCAUUUCGAACCAAUAAUUACAGCGGCUCUGCCAGAUCCCUCUAUGACGAGUUUAAAGCCACGGAAGAAAGUGCAAACGCACAUCAUAUCCUUCGACGACGAUGAGAUUGAUAAUGAAGUGGCAAGUAGCUCGGUGUCGUUCAGUGCACCGCCAACAUGUCUCAAUUCACCAAGUGCAACUUCAACCAAAGAAACCUCACCGGUGUCACCUUGUUUGCCUUCAUCCCGAUUACAGCAGCAUUCAGGGUCUAACGAUGUAGUUCUGGACGUGCAGCCCAUUAAUUGGGACGAGAGAGAGACGUUUGAAGAAGAGAGGCUUUUAACUCCACUCACCGACAAUGAAAAUAUGGGCGGCUUAGUACCAGUGUCACCAUUAGACAGUGUUCUCGAUGAUACGUUAGUUAAUUUAGCAAGUUAUAUAGACAAUUAUGAGACAACCGAGGCAGCGGUUGAGGCAACCGAACCACUCGUCGAUACGCACGCCGAAGUGGAUACACUGGACGUGGAAGGUUUACGCGCAAGACUUUUAGCUCUAAAUGAAGUUUUAGAACAGACGCGCGAGGAUGCUAUUACGAGUAAGCAUCAGCUGGCCCGUUUUCAAAGGCAACAUCAAAAUUACCUUGAAAAACAUGAGCUACAAAUUCAAACACUUAAUAGGGAAAAUGAAUUAUUAAGGCAACAGUUGCGAAAGUAUGUAACCGCAGUGCAAAUGCUUAGGAAGGAUUCGGAUGCAAAUAAUGUUACAGAUGAGGAUUCGUCUUUAGAUUACCACAAAGAAUCCCAAGAAUAUCAAAGUAAAUUAGUUCAAGUAGCUGAAAUGCAUGCGGAGCUAAUGGAAUUUAAUGCCAGGUUAACUAUACAGCUGACCAAUAAGGACAAAUUAGUUAAAUUACUUCGAGCGGAAUUGGAAUGCCUUCGAGGUCCAAUAAACGAAGAUAAUAUGCCUUCUGAAGCUCCCUGCUUAAUACAUAUAUGGGUACCUUCUGCAUUUCUUACCGGCCAACCGUCCGAUAUUCAUCACGUUUAUCAAAUAUAUAUUCGUAUUAGGGAUACCGAAUGGAACAUAUAUAGAAGAUACGCACAAUUCCAUUUGCUCUAUAGAGAUUUAAAAAAGCACGAUACUAUUGUUACAUCUUUUGAAUUCCCCCCUAAGAAAUCUAUUGGCAAUAAGGACGCAAAAUUUGUGGAAGAAAGAAGGCAAAAGUUACAGCAAUGGUUAAGACGAAUCGUUAAUAGACUUUCUCAUUGCUCACUUGCAUUUUCAUCUCACCCAAGCAAGCAAACUCUUAUUGCAUUGAUGCCUUUCUUUGGUGAUUUUCCAAACAACGAAGAAUCUGAAAGAAAUAACUCUAAUAGAAAUACAUAUUCAUCCUCACCGCAGUAUAUGGGUUUAUAAGUUUUAUUUCUAAGCAAAUUGUAAAUAUAAAAAAAAAACAUGGUAAAUAUUUUUAAUGUAUAUAUUUCUGUAAACGUUACCUUCAAGGAAGAUAAACAAA